UAAGAUAUUUUGGUCUCUUUGAAGCUGCAGUUGAUGCGGCUGUGGGUACUUGUACGAAGGUACUCUCGUACUGUACCCGUACCAUUCAUUGUACGGGCUCCUGCAGCAUUGUCGUCAUUGGACGUGCCACGGUGCCAUGGCAGCACCAGCAACCAGCCCACGUCCACGUCCACGUCCAGGCCGCUAGUGGCUUGAUAUUGACUGCGGUGCGGAACCAAGGCGAGGGAAUAAUACUGUAAUGGAGGGGAGCAGAACUCGGGAGCACCGUACCGUAGAUAGGUAGUAACUUCGUAAGUAGUAGUAGUAUUAGGGCAGCUAGUACUGUAGGUAAAUUUACAGGCUGUAAGACCAGACGCCAAACGCUAGAGAGUCUCCUUUCGUCUCCUCACCCCGCCCGCCUUACCGGACGUCCCUCACUCUUCUCCCUCCUUUGCUCGCUCACAUGCACAACAACAUCUCUCUCCCCUCUUCAGAGCUCAUGCAAACCGCUUCGAUCCCUACUCGCACCAAACCAGCUCGACCCAGCCCCCACAGGAUAUACCUUCACCUCUGUUUGCGCUUCAACUCUUCCUCCAGACUCUAAGCUGGUCGGUGUACCUUUGCCCUCUUAUCUUGCUCGCCUGGCCCAGCAGUCUCUCGACCGCGACUCAGGGCCUGCUCGCUCGCUAGUCGUCAUCUGCCAGGAUCCCACCGGACUCCUUCUCGUCAACACCGUACUUCCCUGUCCAUAAUCUUCACAAUCCGGCUUUGGGAUCUUUGGGCACGACUCCCCCCGUCCGCCUUUUGUUUGUUCUCAUGUGCUGGCACCGAGCGACCCUUCUUCCCUGCACACCGUGUCGACAACAAACCUCAUCCUAAACUAGCACUAGCCGGUAACAUUAUCAUAUUAUUCCCACCGAGGGACCAUUUAUUAUACCCCCGCCAACCUCUUCGCCCACAAGCUUUCCCCAGCAACACUUCCGGCGCCUCCGUGUCGACCCCGACAACGACGACCACACUCGAUACAUAUCACUCGUCUGCCAGCAGGAUUCGUACCAUUCGACCUACGGCCGGCACCACCACCAAAACCUCCAAAACAGCCCUCCAGGUUCCGCCUAGAAUUAAGAAAGCUGGCUUCCAGGGAGAAUGCAAAGCGUGUGCUAGGAUCGGUCUUCUCUCCAUUCUCCUCGAAUUCCUCAACCGCUACGUCCUCAGCGGCCAGUUCUACAAGAUCUGAGAGUCCAGGACUCGGGGGUCCAUCACCCAGGGCAUCACUGUCCUUAGGGCCAUCGGAUCCGAACACAAUAUUUGCGCGGAGGGCAGCAGCGGCAGGUAAUUUACCUGCAAAUCCGCCCGUCACAAUGCCCCGCCCAUCUUUGUCGGACACAACAAAUGGCUCGACUCCAAGAGACAGCUUGGGAGGAGGAAAUACGCCACGGGCUAGUUUCAGUGCUGGUGGAGCACCGAGGUCAAGAAGUGGCAGCGCAGCACCAUCUUACAAAGCCGCAAGUUCCGUCGAGACAGAGAAGCCAGUGUGCUCAGGAAAUGGAGUGGCGUGCUACAUCAAUCUUGCAGAGCCUGUGAUUUUUCUCACAGGUCUUGACCAUGAUGGUACGACUCGCGAUUCGGGAUCCAACACGACCUCUAUUUUGCGUGGAAAGCUCAUUUUGAACGUCACCAAGAAUGUCAAAAUAAAGGCCGUGACAAUGAAAUUCACGGGACGUGCUAGGACGGAGUGGCCAGAAGGUAUCCCGCCCGAGAAGACUACUUUGUAUGAAGAAGAUUCGCUCAGGACACAGGUACUCCCGUUCUUCAACGCUUUGUAUGAGGGUUCGGAAUCUGGAUUCGGUGCCAUGUGUAAUUACGCGUUGCGAGGCGAUAAAUCAGCAAAUUCUUCUGUAACCAACUUAGCCUUGGAAAAUACAGAGACUGCCAGCGGAUUUUCUCUUCCGGGUAUCACCAACCGCUCUAGCAGAUCUAGCACUCUGCUUUCAGCCAAGGAGCAGAAGAGGCUUUCUCUGCAGAGUAACCAGUCUCGAAGUUUCACCAAAUCAGAAUCACCCUUUGGACCAUCUCCACAACAGAAAGGUUUCAAGACGUUCUAUCCUGGAAUUUACGAGUACAAUUUCGAGUUGCCCAUUGACAACAACAGUCCUGAGAGUUUGAAAUUGGUAUUGGCUUCGGUUAAGUGGCAGCUGGAAGUUUUGGUUGAGCGAGCUGGAACUUUCAAGCAGAAUCUUCAAGGAUUCAAGGAAAUUCCGGUUAUUCGAUCGCCUUCGGAAGACUCAUUGGAGCUGGUGGAACCCAUCUCCAUCAGUCGGCGCUGGGAGGACCAGCUCUACUAUGAAAUUAUGAUUUCCGGAAAAUCCUUUCCUUUGGGCUCGAGGAUCCCGAUCGCGUUCAAAUUGAUGCCCUUGGCGAAAGUUCAAGUACAUAAGAUCAAGGUUUACAUCAGCGAGAAUAUCGACUACUAUGCAAAGAACCGAAAGGUUACAAGAAGAGAAACUCAACGGAAAAUUCUUCUUUUCGAGAAAUCUGCUGGGAAACCGCUUGCUAAAGAAUAUCAACCGUCAGAGGUCAGAAUCACACGAGGUGGCGAGCAAGCUCCAGAAGAGCGAUCGCACAACCGAGAGUAUGAGCAGAACCGAAGACGGAUUGAAGCUCAACGCAAUAAUGUCGAACCUGAACCUCUUCCUGAGCCAACUGAUAACUUACUUGGCGACAUCGACCUUGGAUUGCCUAGUCUUUUGGGUGCCACCGAGUUGGAAAUUGAUGUUCAGCUGCCCACUUGUGAAAUGAUGGCGAAGGACAGAACGAAGAAAUUGACCCACGAUUGCACAUGGAAAAACGUUGAUGUGCACCACUGGAUUAAGAUCGUCCUGCGAAUCUCGAGACUAGAUGCCGAUGAUCCAACAGGGAAGAAACGACGCCAUUUUGAGAUCUCCAUCGAUUCUCCUAUUUCACUUCUCAAUUGUCGGGCAACGCAAGCCAAUCUUGCCCUGCCAUCAUAUUCUGAUGGGAAUAGCAGUCUUCUCAGUCAGCAACACGUUUGUGGAUGCCCGAACUCAGAGUUGGCAACGCCUCCAGCGAUGUCCGGAUUGGAAAGUCAAAAUCCAAUCAACGGCAGUGGAACUUUCCCGGGCAAUGAGAACGCUUUGCCAGAUCUCGCCAGACCGCCUCAGGCGCACCUGGCGACAAAUGCUGCAGCGGGCGUUCAACGGCCCAUCCAUUUGAUUCGGGCACCGAGUUUCAACCCUCCGCCAUUUGAUGCCGAAGAGGCUCCGCCGCCAAUGGUCACUCCACCGCCACUAUAUGAUCACGUUGUGGGCACUCCCAGUCACGAUGGACUGGCAGAUUAUUUCGAUCGUCUUAGUUACUUUGAGAAUGCAGAUUCAGACGACGAUGAGGGGUUGAAUAGAGCUACCAGUCGUGGCCGUGUCAAUAUCGUAAAUCCUCGCACACCUGGCGGGAGAUUGGCUAGAAGCAUGGAGAUCGACCGUAAUUUCAUGAAUGCUGCCCUCGCCAAUAACGCCAUCGACGGUGCCAGGACUCCAACGGAAGCAUCAGGUCCCCACCUCACCCUUCCCAGCCACUAAUAAAAGUACUUUGAAACAACAAUAUUCUUACUCAAACCCGAAAAUAGCAUUUGCUCUGUACAUAGCAACAAAGGCGGGCGUCGACGAUGAUAGUCAGGAGAUAUACCACGGGAUUGGAACGAAUUGGUGGCCGUCUUCACGGCCACGGAGCUACUCUUUGUUUGAUAGGAGCAUGGACAAACGGGUGUUUGGAUUCUGAUGAGGUUGGAUUGGUUUACAUGCACUGGUGACGGACAAAUCCUUAGGUUUAAUGCAUAAAUGGGAAGGCAGUGGCGUUAUUUUUAUAUACCGGUAUUCAGCAUGGGAUUUCUGGCGUUGGGGCAAUGAAUGAUUCAUGCUAUGCAUGUUUGGGAGUAUGAGUAUAUGAAUUCCAGCGUACAAAAGUGGCGAGAAUGGAAAUCCGAUGACUAUUGAUUUGGCAAAAGAGAGGUCACGUCGUGUGCUGAGUCCAGUCAUACUCCGUGACAGCCAUCACCCAUUCCCCAUGGACUUUCAUCCCUACUACCGAUAUCCAUCGCGAGCUACAGCAGCUCCACUGCUCGGCCGCAUUCCGAGUCAUAAGAAAAUCCCAAGUCCAAAAUGUCAACCAUAGACGACACACGCGACCACACCGCCUCCGCCCUGCCACCUUCGAUUGGGCAUCACGAUUCGAAAAUUUCCCGACUCAAAAGAAGGGGACUGCGUACCUCACACUAGUGAGUAGCUUAGACUUAGACAGACCGCCUUGCUUAUUUCAGAGUACUGAGUCAAGGUGCUUGCUUCGUAGGGCUGGGAGAAAUGGAUUUUAAUGUAUGGGAUGUUGAAGAGAUGGGUAAGCACGUGAAAUGGGAAGCGUUGUCAGGGACCAUGUCUUAUGGCGGUUGGUCAAAAUUUGAAUUCGAAAUUGAAAUCGCUGUACCCUAGAGAUAGUUCUAUGAGCUCGUAUUGAGAGCCCCACAGGAACUUGGUUCUGGAACUGCAGCGUUUGCAGGUCGUCCUGUUUGUUUACUUACUUGCCUGCCAGGCCUGAGGUUGAACAGCCAUGACCUAUGGUCCAAGGACUGAAAUUAGCCUCUUUGCGUCCUGGGGAAAUCAAAGAAACUGCCAACUCCAGAGUCGUUCAUCCAUUUUGCCUGAAUCCAGCUUGUUACUUCGCCGCCCUUGGGAUACCCCCCUACUGGAGCACUUCCCUGUUUUAUAUAUCAAAAAUUGACUUCGAGUUUAUCGAACUGGACUGAAGAGAUGGGAGGCAUAGAAAGUCUUGGU